AUGUCCUCAAGCUCGGGGACGCCAUACAUCUUCUCCCCGGCAGAUCACAGCCAUCUGAUCCCUUACCUUGCAGCGUUGCAUGCUGCCUGUAUCAGCUCAGAUCGGACCCUCGCCACCUUCUUACCGCCGCUGUCACACGAAAAGCUGCUGAGCUGGUGGAAGGACUGCAUAGCAGAGGUGACCGCCGGAACCCGGAUGAUGCUGAUCCUCCUUGAUGAAUCCGAGCCGGGAGGCAAGCCCAAGGGAACCGAGCUUAUGGGCGUUGUCAUGCUGUUGAUGCCCUAUUCGGAGACUGGUCCGUUCCGCGGCUUCGUCGAGAAGCUCCUCAUCAGUCCCAAAUUCCGUCGGCGAGGUGGUGCCCGGAUGUUGAUGAGUGCGUUGGAGGGCGAGGCGGUUCGGCGAGGACGAACACUGCUGAUGGUUGACACUGAAGCUGGCAGCCCGGGAGAAGACGUUUACAGAAAGUUCGGAUACGUCGAGGUUGGCAGGAUUCCUAACUACGGCAUCAGCCCUGCCGUUCCACGACAGCUGAAGGAUGAGGUGUUUUUCUACAAGCAGCUCACAACCUAG